CAGUCCACGCGCGGAUCAUGUGAGGUAAACAGCGGAAGCGGAGUUCGGACUGUUGCUAAAUAGAGAGAAAUCUGCACACAGACGUGAUGUGGCUGCUGAAGCUCGCCUGUCUGGCCGCUGUGUGCGGACUGACCGUGUGUGUAACCGGCGGGAUGCUCUAUCCGCGGGAAUCUCCGUCCAGAGAGAGGAAAGAGCUGGAUGGACUGUGGGCCUUCAGGGCGGACUUCUCCCCGGACAGGAGCGCCGGCUUUAACCAGGCCUGGUUCAAACAGCCCUUAGCAGAGACGGGGCCUGUGAUAGACAUGGCAGUCCCCUCCAGCUUCAAUGAUAUCACUCAGGAUGCUGAGCUGAGGGACUUUAUUGGCUGGGUGUGGUAUGAGAAGGAAGUGUGGGUCCCUGUCCGCUGGCUUCAGGACAAGGACACGAGGAUCGUCCUGAGAGUCGGAAGUGCUCACUACUACUCAGUGGUUUGGGUGAAUGGGGUAAAGGUGGUGGAGCAUGAAGGUGGCCAUCUUCCCUUUGAGGCAGAUAUUGACGGUGUGAUCCGGAAAGAUGUGGGCAUGCCAUGUCGUAUCACCAUCGCUGUUAAUAACACUCUGGACCUGCACACUCUGCCGCCAGGAACAAUCAAGUACAUGAAUGAUCGUACCAAGUACCCGACAGGCUACUUCAUUCAAGGCUACAACUUUGAUUUUUUCAACUAUGCGGGAAUACAUCGAUCCGUCUUGCUGUACACAACUCCAAGGGCGUACAUUGACGACAUCACCGUGGACACUAACUUUUCUGACAGUACUGGUUUUGUGUUUUACAACGUGUCAGUGGUGGGCAGUGCCAAGCCUGCAGUGAAGGUUGCUCUUUCAGGUAAGGAUGGGCGAUGCGUGGCCACUGCUGACGGACCCUCAGGCGUUCUAAAAGUGCCAGAAGUCAACCUGUGGUGGCCUUACCUGAUGCAUGCAAACGCAGGCUACCUGUACUCAAUGGAGGUUCAGCUGACGGCGGAGAGUGGGCAGAUAGAUGUGUACGUAAUGCCGGUGGGCAUCCGCACUGUGGAAGUCACCAGCUCGAAGUUCCUCAUUAACAAAAAGCCCUUCUACUUCCACGGAGUUAACAAACACGAAGAUGCAGAUAUUCGAGGUAAGGGUUUUGACUGGCCUCUUAUUGUGAAAGACUUCAACCUGAUGAAGUGGAUGGGUGCCAAUUCAUUCCGCACUAGUCACUACCCAUAUGCUGAGGAGAUCCUGCAGAUGGCCGACCGUCAUGGCAUUGUGGUCAUAGACGAGUGUCCAGGAGUUGGCAUUAAAGACAUACACAGUUUUGGGAAUGAGUCCUUGGCCCAUCACCUGGUCGUCAUGGAGGAGCUGGUGAGGCGGGAUAAGAACCAUCCCUCUGUGGUCAUGUGGUCUGUAGCCAACGAGCCAGCAGCUGAGAUGCCCCCAGCAGCCUUCUAUUUCAAGCAACUGGUAGCUCAUACAAAAUCUCUGGAUCGAACACGCCCUGUGACCUUUAUUACAGACAGUAACUACGCCAGAGAUCUAGGGGCUCCCUAUGUGGAUGUGAUCUGUGUGAACAGCUACUUUUCCUGGUACCAUGACCCAGGCCACCUGGAGGUCAUCCCCAUCCAGCUCAACACCCAGUUUGAUAACUGGUACGGAAAGUACCAGAAGCCCAUUAUACAGAGCGAGUAUGGGGCGGAUGCUGUGCCUGGCCUACACAAUGAUCCGCCGACCAUGUUCACUGAGGAGUACCAGAAGCAAGUCCUGCAGAACUACCACAAAGUGUUUGACCAAAAGAGGAAGGAGUUUGUUGUGGGAGAGCUGAUCUGGAAUUUUGCUGACUUCAUGACUUCUCAAGGCAUCACUCGUGUUGUGGGGAACAAGAAGGGCAUGUUCACUCGUCAGCGGCAGCCCAAAUCGGCCGCCUUCCUCCUGAGAGAGCGCUACUGGACCAUUGCCAAUGGGACAGGUGUCCUGCCCACAUGGGCCAAGUACCCCUGCCAUUGAGCCCACUUCUCCUGCCGCUUCAUUACCUCUGGGUGUGUGCAUUCGCCUGAAGGACUAGAAAUAUGAGCAGUGAAAAUUGACCAUGUUUAUGAAAACGAAAUCGUGCCGUAUGUCUAUCAAUCAACAAUUACGAUUACAAGUGGCACUUUCGGCUGCUUCAGAAUCUGUUUUUAAUUCAGGGAGCAUCUUUUGAAGUGCACAAUAACACACAAUCAAAUGCACUGCUAGAAUGCUGUAUGCAUGUUUUGUGUGUGUGUGUGUGUUGAGGGUAACAACACUAGUAGCUCUCAUUAGGGCUAUUUAUUUGAAUGUGCCACAUUAUUCAGCUGCUCUUUGUGAAUGUUAUUAAGAGAGAAUUGAUUUUAUAAAGGCAGACCAUGUGUUUAUCUUACAGUUCACUGCCCUUUAGUAAUUCAUCUAGGAAAAUUGGUUCAAUCAGCCCUUUUUAAUGAAUUCAGAGUCCCCAGUUGCGAUGACCUUUCAAUAACAAUGGCAUAUAAGUGAACUGUGAAAUAGUUGAUGACGUUUGUCUUUUCGCACUGAUCUGAGACCAGCUUUGUCUUUUUUUGUAUAAUGGUUCCAUUUUUCUUGUUUUCAAGGGGAAACUGUUCUGAGGUCAGUGUUCAGGGCACACAGACGCAUUAGUAUGCAGCCUGUGAGCUGUGUUGUUGUUGUCUUGGUUUUUGUUUCGUGAGCAUGAUGGAGCUUGCCUGUUCUGUCCUCUAUUCUAUAAUGAGCAUUUCAAGUUGCCCUUUGUUUUCAUCACAUUCCAAACAUCUCCAGCAUUCCAGUCACUACUGCUGCGUAUUCCAACCCAAAACUGCACUUAGAACGACAAAUCUUCUUUAAAACGCAUAUGAACAGAUACCAUCUAUGUCCAAAAGUUUGUAGACACCUACUCCAACAGUUUUCUUCUGACAUCAAGGUCAUCAAUAGGGAGUUACUGCAGUAACAGCCUCUACUCUUCUUGGAAAGCAAUGGAUGGUGGAACAUUGCUAUGAGGAUUUGAUUGCAUUUAGCCACAAGAGCAUUAGUGAGGUCAGGUGAGGUCACUGAUGUUGGAUGAUUAGUGCGGAUGGAGCUCUGUCACUCUAGAGCGUGCAGUUCCACGGCUCCACAGCCCAAUGCAUGUGGGAAUUAACCCUUCUAGCUGAUGCUUCGUAUUGGGCUUGGUGACCUUAGGCUCAUGUGCAGCUGCUCCAGAGCAUCCCAUUCUACUGACCAUGCUUUUCUAGGUUCAUUAGGUUCAUUAUACAAGCUGUGUGUGAGUAACUGUGAGUAAAUGCUUGUGUCAGCAAUGGGUGGCUGAAUUAUCCAAUUAGAAGAGGUGUCUGGAGACUUUAGACAUGCAUAGCUGAACACGCCGGUGUUUUGUUGCUUUAAAAAAUAAGUUAACACAUCCUCUGCACAAUUUAUAGUGCACUAUUUUGUCAAAAAUACAAACACACAAAUCUAAAAUGUGCCAUAACUUUUGCAAAAGCCAUGUUAUGUUUGAUUUUUUUUCCCCAGUGCAUUCAAUUAACAAAAAAACAGUAAUUGUGUGUUAAAAUAUGCCCUUUUUCACUUUGACCACCAGCAAAGGAGGUGAAGCUUCUGUUUCCUUUUACUGUUAUGCCAAGUAUGACAGUAGGCAGAAAUGCAUUUUGCCACACCGUUCAUGCGAUUCUAACAACUUUUGUCACAUUUUCAUUACCUGCUGCUUCUUGUUCCAGUCUAACCAGUUGAGGCACAGAGCCUGUGGCAUCUUUCUCCUAGCAUUCGGUGCAAUGUUAUGCUGUUAAUUACUUAGUAUACUUUUUGACUCUUUGGGGAACUUGAAGUUUCUAUUUGAGAUGUUCAACUCUUCUUAACUAACACAUGAUUUCCUUCAAGUGUGACUGAACUAAGAUCAUAUGACUGGGGAGCACUGAGAAUGUUUUGGAAACUACGCCUGAAUCUGUUAGCAGACAAGCUAUUCAUGUAUGACCAUUGUCCAAAAAAGACUGCAUUCGUGACUCUGAGUGUGAUCCACAUCAGAGUUAAAAAGAUGUGGUUAAAUGUGUUUGCUGUUUACAGACAAAUAUCAGAUAUGUUGGAGGGAAAAAAAUCUGCCUUUGAGGUUUCACCACCAGCAGGCCUACCAACUACCUGAUGCUGCUGUUUGUGUCUGUGUUUGUACUUUCAGGCUUUGUAAACUUUUGUUAAUGACUAGUAAAACUGCCAGUAGGUUGCGAUUGGUCUUCUGAAAUCCAACCGUACAGGGGCCUUACAUUGUGAUCGUUUUUACUACACACUGUAACACAAGCUUUAUGCCAUUCUCAACAGGUUGUGUAUGUGUGUGUGUGUGUGUGCGUAUGCCUUAUUACUUUUGCUUAUCUGGAUACAUGUAGUGUUAUUUUUCUAUAUGAUGGCCAAAACUACUACAAAAUGGAUUUUUUACAAUUGAUUGCAGCUUUUGAGCUUUCAAUAAAGGCCAAAUUCUUAUGCAAAAAAAA